AUGUCUCGUUCGUGCCCUUCAACACCUCCGAGGUCGACUACUCCUGCUCCUCUGUUUCCUGCUGCUACCGUCGACAUUUCUUCUGUCCAACUCAAACUACCACCAUUCUGGGAAGCGGACCCUCCUGUUUGGUUCGCGCAGGUAGAAGCUCAAUUUGCCACAAGACAAAUUACUUCCCAGAAGACCAUGUUUGAACACGUCAUUGCUUCUCUUUCUCCACAAUAUGCUAUGGAAAAACAGUUGGUGAAGCGCACUGCUGCUUCUGAACAACGCCAUCUGCAACAAUUAUUUAAUUCAGAAGAGCUUGGUGAUAGAAAGCCCUCUCAAUUGCUCCGUCGAAUGCAACAACUACUAGGAGAUAAAGCAGCAUCUACUGACGGUUCUUUUCUGCGAGAGUUAUUUCUACAACGACUUCCACAUAAUGUUCGUAUGGUAUUGGCUGGCUCUGGUGAUGAAAUUCAUGAAGACUUAGAUAAACUAGCCACUCUAGCUGAUAAGAUACUUCAGGUCUCCACACCGCAAGUAUCCACUGUGGCUACUUUUACUGAAGUUGAGCAACUCAGUGCUGAAAUUGCUGCUCUCAAGACACUACUUGAAUCACAACAAAAGCAGUCGUCACAACGUAAGACAGCAUCCCGUUCAGCUCAUCACUCUCGUCGCUCUAGUCCAGCUCGCCCUGUCACUACACAACAUCAGAGUACUACACUUUGCUGGUACCACAGUCGAUUUCAGGCUGCUGCCAGGAAAUGUCAACCACCUUGCUUCUGGUCAGAAAACGACCAGGCCAGGCACUGA